AUGCGGCAUCGGCAAAACCCUCGAUUUGAGGAUUUAGACUUCUGUUCCGAGGAGCUCUUGCAAUAUCGCGAGAAUUUAAUACAAAAAAUGCACGACCCAACAGCAUUUAUCCUUGACAUUUUUGGCAGUGAUGACGAUAUUUGGGUGGAACGCUGCCUCAAGAUCAUUCGUCCGAAGGAUUUAGUCAAUUAUGGUCACACCGGCUCAGCAGGUUUGGCCGCUGCUACUUCUGACGACGGAUACUACCCGGCUUUCUAUCUCGACUACUUCAGCAUUGUGGGACGUCCUGGGCGGCCUAUUACGCGGCAUAGCGAGCGCUUCUUUGACAAUGUCAAGAUCUCUUUCCACAAGUGGCAGGCUCAAUAUAGCUCAAAGCACGACCCAGAGUUGCCAUUCGAUCUAAGCAAUCGCACGUUCCGUCUGGCGUCCGGCGCAUCGCGGGAGCUAUGGUUUAUUGUCAUGCACCCUUCGCGUGGUGCAGCCACAGCGGGCAGAAAAAAGAAGAAAACUCUCCAGGGUGGUAGUGCCCUUGCAAAGCACCAUGCCGAGGCCCUCGCAUCGCACAUUAAACAGGUGUUUCUAGCUAGUCCACUUCUAGGAGAGGGAGUCGAGCCAUCAUGGGUCUUAAACGGCAAGCGCUCCCAAACAAUUACGUUUAACAAGUGGACAAUCUUCCAAGAACUGUUUAUGGAGCGAUGGGAACAGUUUGCCGCAAGACACUCGUACGAUUUGUUUUGGACAGAGAACCAGCCUGCGUUCCAUGCGUAUGAUUACGGGGCCAACAUUGAGAUUGAAGUCACAAAGCAGAUUCAGGCCCUCGAGCCAGAGACGCAUAUCCGGCCACGCGACAUUCCUGUCGAGGACGAGAGCGAUGACCAUACACUUGAGUCUGGAGAACCGGCAGGUGGUGAGGGCUUAAGCACGCAACAGGAACAGUUUUCCUCCAUCACGGGCUCUUAUACGUCAACGAAUCAAUGGGUCACGCCACGGCGCAGACUCGCACAGGAGAGACGACCACCAAAGUAUGUGCUCGACAAUGUCGACACGGUGUCGUACGCCCUUGCUAUAAACCUUGACAGCAUUGCCGGAGAUGGUGCCACGCAAGGAGCAGGUCAACCGGCUUGUCUUUUGGCGGAUCGCAACCAACUGGGCAGGGAGUAUGCCAGCUCCAAGGACUAUAGCUUCUUCCCACUAGGGUUCCACCCAGCGUAUGGCAACUUUUCAUCACCGGAGCCGCCCGCCCUCCCGUCAAGGAAUCAGCUCGCCAUCACGAGGGACAACAUGAGCUAUGAGAACGAAGGCGCCGACGUAGUCUCCUUUGGCUUCUUCCAGGCGUACUCCAACAUCAAAAGGCAGGUACGGCACAGAUCUGGUGAUGUGUUAGCCAGCCAAGGGCUAGCAACGGCAGCUCUUACAAUACCGGCAUGCGACGUGGCCCGCUCGGGUCGGGUUCGAGCAAAACAGAAGAAGCUACUGGAUCGAAUCGGCGGCCGAUUGACGCCUGACGAUCCCGAGUCUUCAACACCAUUUGCGCGCGAAAGGCUCCGGGUAGAGGCUGCAAUCACUGAACAGGAAUUCGCCUUCCGGUUUGAACAGGUUGUUUCCAUUCGUGUGCAAAGGCUAGUGCGGGCCGAGCGUAGCUUUCGCACGGUCAUUCGCCCUAUCUUCCAGCUGAUGAGGUUUUUCUUGCAGGAGAAGCAAUACUACUCACCAGUUCUGCGGCGAUUUCCUUCAGAAGUGUUUCCUGGCAUAUUAGUGGCGUUUUCCACAGUGUUUGAGCUGGCCAUCGAGGAGAUGGAACAAAGGUUUCGUGACCAGGGCUCUAAGGGUCUUGGCCUAGCGCUUUCGGAGGGGGUUGCCGCAAUAGACCGUCUUGGGAACUUCUGCUUCACGGGAGACCCACGCGUGUUACCUUGUAGAGUGUUUAGGCCGCUGGAAACAAUGGAGAGCUUGCGCAGAGGAGGCUGGCCAUACAUCAACCCAGAUGUUCUAGACAUGCGUUAUGGCGAUGGAAAAAUCCACAUAGACCAAUGGCCAAAGUUGAAGCAGAAUCGGCCGGUGCUAAUGCAUGUAGCUUCUUUAGCGUAUCAUUAUGGUCGCGAUGUAGCCUCAAAUCGCCACAGUCAGCUGUGGUUUGCUGAGCUGGGUGGCCGGUCAAUACAAGGCAUAGCGACAGCCGGUCGUUUUCUUGAAGAAGUGCUCCGCGAGCUUUGGAUGCCAGAAACAAAGACUUUCAUGGUUCACCAGCUUCAUCGAAGGCUUGCUCAAGAGUCGCAAGAUGGUAUCAGCCAGUCGGCGGCCGAGGCAGGAGCCACACUGCGGGAAUGGGAAGAUAGUGACGAUUCCUUCCGACAGAAGUAA